GUUUCCUACGGUCACACUAUCGAUUUUAGACGUUGAGAACGUAAGAAUAGUUAUUAGGCUGAGCGAAAGCGUGUAUUCUGACAUUAACCAUCUGAACCACUUGAAGUGCCUGUGAAGGCCGUUAAGCUUACCGCAAAAUCAAACCUGUGCGAUGCAGGUCCCAGUCUUGCAAUUAUUUUGUGGUAGCCUAAGUCCUAAGCCAUGGCACAAUGGAGUGAUAGGUGUUUGCUGGUUCGAGAUCUAUUUUUUCAUUCCAAUUAUAAUCCUUUGUACACUCUUCUCACUCGUAUACUGUGCUUGUAUAUGGAAAUACUUGGCAUUCGAUAGCCUUUACUGUUCAAUCUUAUACUUCCGAGUUGCUGUGGAUGUAGCCAUCAUUACAAACAGCUGUGUGACUGUCGUGCUUUCAUUUCUUCUGCCAUAUUUCGAGGAAGGCUUCUCAAUUAACUCUCGCUUUAUUGUUAUUCACAAUUUGCUGACGGCUAUACUCUGGAUCGCAAUUCUUGUUUUUGACUUUCUCCAUGGGAAAGCUACUAAAUAUUCCUCUAGAGGUCCUCUGCUUUUCUUGGUGUUUUCAUUUGCCUACCUGCUUUGCUGUGUCAUAAACUGUUGGUCCUUUAGAACAGAAGUAGACGAAUUCUGGCGACCUUUUAUCGUUGCCAAUUGCUAUAUCCAUUUGUUUCUGCUGUGCUUGCAUCUUUUCUCAAAAGUCCCGGUUUUAUAUCCUUCAGAAGAGCCAAGACGCAGGAGAGCUAGGAUCCUCAGGGGAAGUCGUGGUGCUGAUCAACUGCCUCAAUAUAAUGAACCAGGAGAUAUUUCACAAGGAUAUAUCAGUCAGAGUGAUGUGAAAUGUGAGGAUCUAGCACCGUAUAUAUCUAGGGUGUUUUUUUGUUGGGUUAGUGGCUUGAUACGUAGUGGUUACUAUGGGGAGUUAUAUUCACUUCGGAAUCUGCCCAUACUCCCGAAGCGUUUGAAUACAUAUAUUUUGGAAUCAAAGCUUCCUGACUUGAAUUCCAAAUUAUCUUCUAAGUCUACAACAUUUCCGCAGCUGUUCGAACGUUUAGAUCACAGAUAUUCCCUCAAGGCCUCUACACCAUUUUUAAAGGCUUUUUUUAAACCGUUUGGUCGUGAAUUCAUAUUUCUCGGUAUACUUAAACUUUUGCUGAGUUGCUUUAGCCUGUGUAGCCCAGUGAUUCUAAAUCACUUCAUUCUAAGCAUUACAAGUUCUCAAACGCCCACUUGGUCUUGCAUACUUACUGGCCUUGGACUCGUUCUUCUGUCGUUUAAGAUAGCCCUACUGAGCACAUCAUACAACUACCGAAUGGCAAGUUUCAGCUUCAAAGUCAGAGUCAGUGUAAGCGGCAUGGUUUACAGGACCAUCUUGUCUCUUAAAACAUCCUCUCUCAGUGCUAUCGGGACUGGAAGCCUGGUUAAUUACUUGACAUGUGAUGCUGACAGAAUAGUUAAUUUGGCUACCAGUGUGCAUGAGAUAUGGGCAAUGCCUCUACAGUUGCUUGUUGCAGUUUCACUACUUUACCGUCAACUUGGACUUGCUUGUCUAGUGGGUGUCGGUUUUCUUGCUGUAUUACUCCCGCUAAAUCGCAUUUUGGCAACCCAAAUUGGAAAAUUUAGUCGCCGUCUUAUGUUGUUCAAAGAUGCAAGAAUUAAGCUGAUGUCUGAAAUGUUGUCAAAUAUGUUGUCGGUGAAACUAGCAUGUUGGGAGAAUUUAAUGAAAAGUCUAGUUAUGCACUCUCGAGUUCAAGAGUUGAAGGCGCUACGUGGCCAGAAGUUACUAGAUGCUUGUUGUGUAUUUUUCUGGGCGGUGUGUCCUGCACUAUUAGCUAGUUCAACAUUCGCAACUUACGUGGCCAUGGGUAAUGAAUUAAAAGCUUCUGUGGUUUUCCCUAGUCUUGCAUUAUUCAGUAUGCUGAUUGGUCCAAUGAAUGCAUUUCCUUGGGUUAUUAAUGGUGUUAUGGAGGCGACUAUAUCUAUGCAACGUGUUUCAAAGCUUUUCCACCUACCACGUGGUCCAUUUUCAUCAGAAUUGACUAACACACCACUUUCUGAUAAUGGAACACCAACAGAUGUCCCAAUUGUAUGCUCCUUUGCUGAAAAAUCCACAAUCAGCAUGCCAGUUAAUAUCUUGAAUGAAUCAUUCUUUUACACUAAUCCUGAUAAUCUAGUCUUAAAGAAUAUCAGUCUCCAAGUGCAAUGGGGUGAAUUGAUUGGCGUAGUUGGACCAGUUGGUUCUGGUAAAUCAUCCCUGCUGUUAAGCAUUUUAGGAGAGCUACAGUCUGUUCUUCCAGAAAAUGAAACCAUUAAAGAGAAUUUAAGAAUUACUUCACGACUUCGAUAUGCAUAUGUAAGUCAAACUCCUUGGCUUCAUGCGGGAACUAUACGUGAAAACAUUGUAUUUGGUUCUGAUUACGACUCAAAUUGGUUAGAUACUGUAGUUGAAGCUUGUGCUCUGAAAUCUGAUUUGGAGAAACUACCCCACGGUUUGGAUACAGAUGUCGGUGAAGCUGGUGGAAGUAGGCUUAGUGGUGGACAGAGAGCUCGUGUUGCUCUUGCUCGAGCUGUUUAUCAAAAAGCUGAUGUUUAUCUCUUAGAUGAUCCUUUAUCUGCACUUGAUGUCGAUGUUGGUCAAGAGGUAGUCAGCCACUGUUUACUUGGUCUUCUUUCGGAAAAAACUCGAAUUAUUGUCACACAUCAGUUGGACUGGUUAACGAGUAGUUUUCUAUAUUUCCUUUUGUUAACUGCUUCCUCCUUGAAGACUGGUAGUAAGGAUGUCGCUGUGGACUUCAUUGUUGAGUUGAAAGAUGGGACUAUAAAACGCAAAUUUUCAGGGAGUUUAAACUCUUUGAAUGAUCGUCACCUUAUACAUGAAUCCAUUUGCCACAAGAAGGAUAUUUCAGUUGAUAAUAACCGUGAAUUAUCUAAUCAUAACGUUGGAUGCAGCGAUAUCGAUAAUACAAAUCUCUCUUCAUCUCUAGAAAAUGACGAUGACGAUACACCAUUGAUUGAUACUCAAAACAAUACUACUACCAAUAUAUAUCAGUCAAACUCAAGUAACUUGAACGGUGCUGAUACUGAUGAUGUAACUACGGAGCAUAUGGCUAUCGGUUCUAUCACUCCCCAUGUUUACAAGUCAUAUAUUCGUGCUGUUGGUUAUCUUUUGACGUUUUUUAUCCUCCUAUCUCUGGUGUUAAUGCAAGGUACUCGAAAUGCAUCUGAUUGGUGGUUAUCAUAUUGGAUACAAGAUCGAAAUUUAUCUUCGUCUUUAUCCUACAAAAGUGUAUCUGACCAAGGAGAUUUAUUUCCCGUUCAUUCCAUAAACUACAAAGCCUUUUUUUCCGAUUCAAAGCAUGAUGCGUCUCUGAUUAGCUGUAAUCCAUCUAUUACUGAUAUGCAGACAGCUGGAAGUGUGCACAAUUCUACUUCUGCAUAUCAUCUCCAGGUCUAUGCAUUCAUUGUUACAAGUAAUAUAAUUGCUACUGUAUUCCGUGCUGUUGUAUUUGCUUUCGGUGGUUUGAUUGCAGCGGCAGUUGUUCAUGAAUCCGCCUUGGAUACAAUUUUAGAGGGACGAUUGAAUUACUUCGAUACUACACCACAAGGUCGUAUUCUAAAUCGUUUUUCAUCUGAUGUCGGUACCGUAGAUGAUGCAUUACCAUUUCAAUUAAAUAUACUGUUGGCGAGUUUAGCUGGAUUAUUGGGUGCAUUAUGUAUUGUUUGCAUAUCACUGCCAACGUUAAUUUUCUUUCUACUACCACUUGUAUUCAUCUUCUGGUCUAUUCAAAGACAGUAUCGUGGAGCUGCUAGAGAUUUGAAGCGAAUUUCAAGUAUUGUUCGUUCACCCGUUUAUGCACAUUAUACUGAUAGUCUGUCUGGCCUAGCAGUAAUACGUGGUCUUGGACAAGAAAUUCGCUUUCGACAAAUGACAGCCUCUAAAUUAAAUGAUCAAAUACGUGCUGAGUUAGCCAGCCUAGCUGCUGGGUCCUGGCUAAGUGUUAGAUUGCAGUUAAUUGGUACCGGUGUCAUUGCUAGUGUAGUUGGUGUCUCUUUGGUUGGUCGACUGUUUAAUUGGACACAGGUUGCUGCUAUUGGUCUGUCAACUACAUAUGCGCUGAAUAUUGCCGGUUUGAUGACAAGCACAGUAUAUGAUAUGACUGAAACGGAGAAAAAUCUUGUAGCUGUAGAACGUUGUCAAGAACUGACUGAUGAUACCCCAAUUGAAUAUGAUACUAUAUCAGUUAAACCUACGGCACCUCAACCUCGUUCUUCAUCGCACAAUCAUCUUCGUUUACCAAAACAACGAAAAAGUGGUAUCACUUAUCCUAUUGGAUUACCUCUCAAUUGGCCGGCAUCUGGAUCUGUUUACUUCAGUAAUGUUUCGCUUACCUAUCGACGCAACUAUCAAUCAGCUAUUAAACAGUCAUUCAAAGCUCUUGAAGAUAUCAAUUUUACUAUCAAAGCUGGUGAAUUUGUAGGGAUUGUUGGACGUACUGGAUCUGGCAAAAGUAGCCUGAUCAAAGUUUUAAUGCGUCUGGUUGACCACCUUCCUGGACCGCAUACAAACCAGUAUAUAGCUAAUCAAAUAGGAUUUGUAGGAGCAACUGGCCAGGUAUUUGUCGAUGGAGUGGACAUUCGCACUAUUCCUCUUGGUUUGCUGCGUUCUCAAAUUCUAACUAUUUGCCAAGAACCAUUCCUUUUUUCUGGAUGCUUGCGCGAUAAUUUGGAUCCUGAAAAUCAUUUAGAUGAUUCCAUUUUGGAAGAAGUCCUGCUAAAAUGUCAACUGGCUGAAAAUCGUUUACAAGCCUCUGAAUGGUUAACGCGAAAUGUUGGCGAGUCAGGACGUCAUGUAUCUGUUGGACAGCGACAGUUGAUUUGUCUAGCCAGAGCGCUACUUCGUCAACCUCGACCGAAAAUCAUCUGUUUGGAUGAAGCUACCGCCUCAGUAGAUAACAAAUGUGAAGAAAUCAUUCAUCAAAUUCUAGAGCAAGAAUUUCAAGGAGCUACUGUCUUACUCAUAGCCCACCGACUUUCUUCAGUUCGCCGACUUUGCUCACGUGUUAUAGUUAUGCAGUCUGGAAGGAUAAUUGCAGAUGGUCCGCCAGAAGAAACACUGUCUUCAGUAUUUAAACACACUAAAACUGUAGAUCUGAUCAAAUUAUAAAUAAUGCUGUUACUUUCAUAUAUCUGAUUUGUUAACUGAGUAUCUGAUUUAAUACUUUUUUCCUGUUUUAUUCUCCUAAUUAUAGUGCGUUUUUUUGAAUGGAUUGCAUUUAGUAUCCAGAAACAGAUUUGCUUGUUAUACCUAUCAUUACUCUAUUUUAACAGUACGCUUGUCACUUUAUUGACAUAACGAUCAAUAAUGACUAUUUUAGCGUGGUAGUUGGGCUUGCAUAAUACAACCUAACGAGCUACAACGUUUGGAAUACUUUUUCCCUG